UGAUACAGUCAUAAUAUGAACGAAGUGCCACAGAGACGCAACAGAAGAACAAGAAAACAGAAGAAAAUCAUCGGUAGAAGUAACGUUUACCUCCUAUUGGAAAAUUAGGUUUCUGGAAAAAACACGUGAAAGGCAAUAGUAAACAUACCGAAAGAAUAAAUGCUGUUUGGCAUGAGGUUGGUGAAAACGAUUUCGAGAAAAUCUUUGUUGGCCUUCGGCUACCCAAAAUUGGAGACCUAUCACCCGGAACUAUCUGUCUAUGAUGUGGGUGCUGUCAAGGUUCGAAUGUCACCCGAACUUCCCGCGUGCCAAAUAUUUUACCCUGUGGAGAAAGACUCUGAGAAGGAUCAUGUCGACGACGUCGUUCCAUAUUACCGGCCAGAAGCCGUGGAAGCUUUGGUGGACUACCUCAAUGGUUUUGGAGAUGGAAUAAUGCAAAUGUUGAAUGAAAAAUCACAUCCUCUUCAAAAUACAUACGCCAUUGCUCCGUUAAUGGUUGAUAGCAACAAUGGCGAUUCUAUGAAAUUUCCCCUCGUCUUGUUCAGCCAUGGUCUUAGUGGAAACAUGGAAAUGUAUUCUCAAAUCUGCGCUCAGCUUGCUUCAACUGGAUGCGUUGUAGCAGCGCUAGAGCACGAAGAUGGGAGCGCUUCCUACUCCACAAAACUUUUGAAGGACGGAACAGUUGAAGCAAUUCCGUACAAACAGCCGCUCCCAAAUGCCGAAGUCCCCUACUCACGUAAAAAAGUCCUAGAUUUCCGAACCCCAAUGCUCGAACAGCGGGUCAACGAGUUGCGGAGGAUAUAUAACUAUUUUCGGGAUGAGAAAACUUCUGUGGACGAAACAAUAACGACAAACUGCUAUGACUCGAAUAGUAGAUUAGUUCGUAAAAUUCUUGCCAUCGCCGACCCGACCAAAUUGCACCUGGUAGGGCAUUCCUUUGGAGGAGCGACGCAAUUACUAGCAGCACAAAAAUGGAUUAUGGAAGGUCACGAUGAAAAAGUGCAAACCGAGGCAACAACAGAGGCGCAUCCCAUGUCUAUGAGGCUUUCCGACAGCGAGAAUCCCGCCACCACUUCAACGAUGACAAUUGAUACUUCUACGUCCUCGUCGUCACCCCCUAUUCCCCAGUCUGUAAUGGUAUUUGAUGCCUGGAAUUUCUCUCUCUCGGACGAAGUACUCAACCGGGGAAUCUCGAUUCCUUCCAGUCCUACGGGCUCAACAACAGCAGCUCCCACUAUCGUUUCUGUUCUUUCGGAACAAUGGGAACGGACGAAUCCUGAAAAAGAGCAAACAUUGCAAUUCUUGCGCAAUUGUCCGCCAAGUACGACGUAUUCCUACCUUGCAAGGGAUUCUGUUCACCAGUCUAUUUCUGAUACGGAAUGCUACCUACCCAGUAUUGUGGCCCGGAAACUAGAGAACCUUGGCCCUUCGGAAGAGCGGCACCAAACAGUUCGUGCGGUGGUAGAGGAGUUCGUCAGGCGUACGAAGUCAAGUGGGAAUGACUGCAGUAGCAAGAAGAGAGGUAGUGACGACAACACAUUAAUAGAAUUGCCGCUAAGAAAUAUUCAUAUUGGAUAGAUGUAAUCAACACCUAAAGAGCAACCUCAGAUGUCGCUGAUAUUGAAUGAAUUGAAAACAAAAAAGGCUACGGCAUCGCCAAUAUACCAACAAUGACAAACGCACUUCAUGUCGAAUAAAAUGUUUACUUUUUG